UGGGGCACAACUCCAUCAGCUGUCCUGGAUCCUCAGGGACAAGAUCUCUCCCAGCUGCCCCCACUGACCCUCCCGAGCUCUCCGGAAAAAAGACAGAAAGCAUCGGUGGCAGCAUGAGCGCUAAAGACCAACCGGUAAUCUCCCUGUUCAUUUUUGCCAUCGGAGUGUAUGCCUGUUUAGGAUUUGCCACAAACCGAAUUAAGAGAGCUGAAGAAUGGGAGGAGGGCCCUCUCUCAGUCCUUUCAGAUGCUCCCAGGACCAAUACUUCUAAUUCCUGCAAAGGCAGAUGCUUUGAGCUCCAAGAGCGUGAGGAUAUGGACUGCCAGUGUGACAACUUGUGCAAGAGUUAUGGUAGCUGCUGCCAUGAUUUUGAUGAACACUGUUUAAAGACAGCCCGUGGCUGGGAAUGCACGAAGGACAGAUGUGGGGAAGUAAGAAACGAAGACAAUGCUUGUCAUUGCUCAGAGGACUGCUUGGCCAAAGGAGACUGUUGUACCAAUUACCAAGUUGUUUGUAAAGGAGAGUCCCAUUGGGUGGAUGAUGAUUGUGAGGAAAUAAAAGCGCCAGAAUGCCCUGCAGGGUUCACUCGCCCUCCAUUAAUCAUCUUCUCUGUGGAUGGCUUCCGUGCAUCCUACAUGAAGAAAGGGAGCAAGGUCAUGCCUAACAUUGAAAAACUAAGAUCUUGUGGCACACAUUCUCCUUACAUGAGACCUGUCUACCCUACAAAAACCUUCCCUAACUUAUACACCUUGGCAACUGGGCUUUACCCUGAAUCACAUGGGAUUGUUGGCAAUUCAAUGUAUGAUCCCGUAUUUGAUGCUACUUUCCACCUUCGAGGACGAGAGAAAUUUAAUCACAGGUGGUGGGGAGGCCAACCAAUAUGGAUUACAGCCAUCAAACAAGGGGUGAAAGCUGGGACAUUCUUCUGGUCUGUCGUCAUCCCUCAUGAGCGAAGAAUAUUAACAAUACUGCAAUGGCUUACCCUUCCGGAUAAUGAAAGGCCUUCUGUGUAUGCCUUCUAUUCUGAACAGCCAGAUGCAGCUGGACACAAAUAUGGCCCAUUUGGCCCUGAGAUGACAAAUCCUCUGAGGGAAAUUGACAAAACUGUGGGACAGUUAAUGGAUGGACUGAAACAACUGAAAUUGCAUCGUUGUGUUAAUGUCAUCUUUGUUGGAGACCAUGGAAUGGAGGAUGUCACAUGUGAAAGGACAGAGUUCUUGAGCUCCUAUCUGACCAACGUAGAUGAUAUUAUCUUGGUGCCUGGAGCCCUGGGAAGAAUUCGUCCUAAGUCUAGUAAUAAUGCGAAAUAUGACCCCCGAACAAUUAUUGCCAAUCUCACUUGUAAAAAACCAGACCAGCAUUUUAAACCUUACAUGAAACAGAACCUUCCCAAACGUCUGCACUAUGCUAAUAACAGAAGAAUUGAGGACAUCCAUCUGCUGGUGGACAGAAGAUGGCAUGUAGCGAGGAAAUCCGUAGAUGUCUAUAAGAAACCAUCAGGAAAAUGCUUUUUCCAGGGAGAUCAUGGAUUUGACAACAAAGUCAAUAGCAUGCAGACUGUUUUUGUAGGUUACGGUCCAACAUUUAAGUACAAGACCAAAGUGCCUCCAUUUGAAAACAUUGAACUUUACAAUGUCAUGUGUGAUCUCCUGGGAUUAAGGCCAGCUCCUAAUAAUGGGACACACGGAAGUUUGAAUCAUCUCCUGCGGACUAAUACAUACAGACCAACCAUGCCUGAUGAAGUUUCAAGACCCCUCUAUCCUGGGGCUCUGUACCUUCACUCUGAUUUUGACUUGGGAUGUACAUGCGAUGAUAAGAACAAACUGGAUGAACUUAAUAAACGCCUUCAUCCUAAAGGGACAACAGAAGCUGAAACCAGAAAAUUCAGAGGCAGCAAAAAUGAAAACAAGGAAAACGUUAAUGGAAUUUUUGAGCCUAGAAAAGAGAGACAUCUCCUUUAUGGUCGACCUGCAGUACUUUAUCGGACUAGAUAUAAUAUCUUGUAUCACCAUGAUUUUGAAAGCGGCUAUAGUGAAUCACUCCUAAUGCCACUGUGGACAUCCUACACUGUUUCCAAACAGGCUGAGGUCUCUAGCAUUCCUGAGCACUUGACCAAUUGUGUACGACCAGAUGUUCGAGUUUCUCCAAGUUACAGUCAGAACUGUUUGGCUUACAAAAAUGAUAAACAGAUCUCCUAUGGAUUCCUCUUCCCUCCCCAUCUGAGCUCUUCUGCAGAAUCUAAAUAUGAUGCCUUCCUUGUCACUAACAUGAUUCCGAUGUAUCCUGCCUUCCAAAGAAUCUGGAAUUAUUUCCAAAGGGUUUUGGUGAAAAGAUAUGCAACUGAGAGGAAUGGAGUCAAUGUCAUCAGUGGACCCAUUUUUGACUAUGACUAUGAUGGCUUACAUGAUACACAAGACAAGAUCAAACAACAUGUUGAAGGAAGCUCCAUUCCAAUCCCCACUCAUUACUACAGCAUCAUUACUAGCUGCUUGGAUUUCACUCAACCUGCUGACAAGUGCGAUGGCCCCCUCUCGGUCUUUUCUUUCAUCCUUCCUCACCGGCCAGACAAUGAGGAGAGCUGCAAUAGCUCAGAAGAGGAAUCCCGAUGGGUUGAAGAUCUCUUGAAGAUGCAUACUGCCCGUGUGAGAGACAUUGAGCAGCUUACCAGUCUGGACUUCUUCCGAAAGACCAGCCGGAGCUACCCCGAAAUCUUGUCCCUAAAGACAUACCUGCAUACAUUUGAAAGCGAGAUUUAACUUUCUUGAUCUUUCUCAGUGUAGCCCUUUAUCAACUGGUGUAUAUUUUUAUAUUGUUUUGUAUUUAUUAAUUUGAAACCAGGACAUUUAAAAAGUUAGUUAUUUUGAUCCUGUACCAAAUCUGGCAUAUUAAGCUCAAGUGUUGCCACCGUUUCUCUCUAAUGCUUAAUUUAGAUAGGCUUACAUUUUGAGUAGAGCUUGUGAUACUGCAGUUUGAGUUUUAGUGGAAGCUUCUGAAUGGUUCUGCAGGAUUGAUAUUUGCAUUGAGGAAAUAUUAAUUUUCUAGUGCACAGUUGCUACAUUUAUAGUUCUGUACUGUAUCGAAAUACUGAACUUGUAAAGUUACAUUCAUUUACUGUUAAUGAUGACAGACAUAUUUAAGCCUUAUAGACCAAAUCUUAAAUAUAAUAAAUCACACAUUCAGUUUUU